AGGGAUUUCUGGGAAGCGGUGCUCAUGGUAACCGAUGUAAACACCGGCCGCCCUCCUCCACCUCCCUCUUCCCUCGUCUCGGCUCUGGAGUAGCGCCCAGGCGGACGAAAAUGGCAAACAUGGCUCGCAGUGACGACAGGUAUUACGAGAAGAUAACAUCGAUUCAACAAGGCAUGCAUAAAAGGGAGAAACGGAGGCUGGAACUGGAGAGGGACCUGUUUGCUUACUCCAGAUCAGAUAGCAGAAUCUCACAGAUAAAGCGUUCCAAACUGCGCAGUUAUCUCAAGGAAAUCUGUGACAGGGGAGCACGAGCAAAAAUGAGAAACCUUGAGCUUCUGAGAGAUGUGGAGUGCAUAGAAAUUAGCAUGAAGGAAUAUAGUCCUGACCAUUGUCUCCUGCAACAACAAAAGGCUGACGUUUUCAAAAAGAUUUCCGGAUUCAUGGAAGCAAAGAAGUAUAUGGAGAAAGGGCUUGAUGCAGCAAAGGAUGAAGCUGUGCACAGACAGCACCAGGACUGCUCCCUCUCUCACCCAGCUCGGGAUUUUACACAACUGCCAGCGGUAAUUCUUAUGGGCUGCCAGGCCUCCAGAGGGUCUGAUGCUGAAGCUGGCACCACAAGUGUACACUCACACCAAGCAUUGCAUCGUUCACCCAAUCGCAGCAUGCACUCCCGCGAACGUCUACCAAGUGGCCUUUUGAAGGACUUCAGAGUUGGCGGAGAGGAUGCCGCCAGCAACCGAGCACAUUUAUCAGAUGACAUUUCAGGCUCAAACAAUUCCCCUGACGGCUGUAAUUUGAGUGACAAACAUGAAAGAACGAUGGCGGUGCUCCCAUCUGUUCCGUCCAGUUCUGCCUUAACAUGCGCGCCUUUUGGAAGUGAUGAUGAACAAGAACCUUCACCCCUGGUGACCUUAACGCGUCCUGAGAAGAGUCCGUCUCCCGGUAGCAGUCGACUCAUGAAGGCUGAGAAUUCCCCUGCAGAACACACGGACUCCCGAGAGGUGUCUCAUCAGCCCCCCGUAAUGGAAGACGGGGAGAGAGAUCUCAUCCAUUUCAUGCCUCAAACCACUUUUGGAAAAGAAGCUCAGGAUAUACCAGGUGGACGCGGCAGCGUCAGCACACCAAGCUCCGACGUGCUGUUGUCAGAGAGCAGGACUAGUGACCUGUCCCUUUCGCUGACACAAUCUGAGCUGGAAGAGGAUCCGCCGGAGGGUGUGGCACCUGAGAGGAAUGCCACUUCUGGAGCGAGCGAUGAUCACAAUCGGCACAGUCCUGAAUCCUCCCGUCACUCUGACGGGUCCAAGAACACACCACAGUUAAACUGUGACUCUUCAGCUCCAGGGGUGACAUUGGAAAGUCUCUACCAGGAAGGCUUCUUUAAUCUGCUAGACUACGUCGAAGGGCGACUCCAUGGCGAACGGACCAGUGUGUACGUGGAUUCUUCGAUUGAUGGAAGACAACUCAAUAGAAUUAUCAGCCUUUGUAACCGUGGAGCAGGCUUGAAUGACGAGGACCUUGAAGCAUGUGGAGCAGUCAUCCUUCGUGAGCUUCAGAGGUUGUCAUGGAGCACGGCAACGGGCUGCCUGCUACCACAGGAUCUAGUGAGUGCUCACCAGUCCAGUACUGAGCCUAAUGAAAUAAGCGCCAGCCUCCCUCCCGAUGCCGCUCGGCUGUGGGAUCGCUGGUUCAAGCACGCCCUUCUGCUGAAGGAGCGCCGUGUCCUCAGCACUGAGCGCUUGGUCCAGCUGUUCACGCCGCUGCUGCUGGAGCGCCAUGCCACCUACAGCCACCAGGCCAAAGUGCUGCUGAGGACACUUGUGUCCCGGUCCAGUGAGGAGUGCCCCUCAGCAGAGGACGGGAGUGACUUGUCUUCUUCGCGUAGUCCUCCUUCUCUCCUGGCUGGCGGGGAUGUGGAGCCUGCCAGGCCGGUACAGAAGCAACAGAUUCAAGAACUACAAAGUACUGAAGAGGACAGCCAGGACGAAAGCCCUGUGGAAAGUGUUCCUAUUAGAGAGACACAAGCUUAUCAGUUACUUAAGCAAUCAGCCAUGCAGGAAGGGCUGCAGAGUUCUGAGGAGGAGGAGGACGACGACGAUGGCCUCUCAGGAAUAAAUCAUGGCCAUGAAGAGGACCUGGGGAGGGCCAAACGCUCCUCACAUCAAGACCCUUACCCUCGGAAAGAGAAGACUAACUCAAAAGCUCAUACUACUCGACAGUCCAAAGCUUUCUGGGGGGACUCGGAAGACAGCGACUCGGAGAUUGAAGCAGCCUUGCGUCCUCAACCUUUCAACACAAACAAUAUUGACAUUGAUGGCUUCUUUGACUGAGAUUUCCCCCGCAGAUGUUUUUAAAAAUAAUUAACUACAUUAUUUUUGCUGCAUAGUCGCGGGCAGUUUGGCUCUUAGUGAUCUACAUUGUAAAUCAUAUGCACGCUGUAUCGUAAAAACAAAUAAUAAAGUUGAUAGCUCUCACGCUGGGUAAAGUGAGUGAAGAGUUGUCCAACACUCUGAUGUUAAC